AUGUCUCAAUUUGAUUCGGAGCAUCAAGACGCGGCUGAAGCAACUUGCCCCGGCAUUGCAUAUAAAGAUCUUUCGCCAGAACAACAAGAAAUGAGCGACAUUCUAUACAAAAUGGAGCAGCAUGACCUAGACCUUUUAGGCAUCGUACACCUCGGCCAUGACGGGGUAUUCCGCUAUCUUGAUGCUGAGCGCAAUAUCCACUAUGCAAUUGCUCUAAGGCCUGCGUUGAUAAAAGCUUUAUUGGACCGUGGCCCUUAUGAUGAUGAGGAAGAGGCAGUCUUUCGUGGAGUUGAUGGAACAAAGGUUCCUAAAGAACAGUGGUAUAAUCCACCCCGGGGUAUACUCCCUGAACCACUAUCCGAGGAGCAUCGGAAAGAGGGUCGAGAGUUUAUUCAGAAGAACAAGGAUAAGAUUGACAAGAAUCGUGAGGCAUCGAAGAACUACAAGGACCAUCUUGUAUAUAUAGAAUCAGAUCAUAAGCUUGGAUAA